AUGUCGUUCCUCAAUGAUCUGCCCAGUUGGAAUCCGGAGAACUUCUCCAAACUAAGUGGUCAGAAGGCGAACAGUGUUUCCAAAGUCGUGCAUGAUGUUCCUGUCAGACAAAAUGAAGUUUCCAUUUCGAACGAGAAAAAAAGUUUCAUUUUACGCUACUUAGAGAAGCAUUUCGUAACGGAUGUGAAUUUGGAAGAGAAGAAAUCUAGAAAACGCUCAGACGAUUGCUCUGACGAUCCAUCAGAGAAGAAAGUUAGGAAGCGUUAG